AUGGCCCGCCAGGUUGUCAUCCCCGCAGGCGGCGAGCGGCUCGGCGCCCUCGUCCCCGCCGGCCUCGGGCUCGCGCGCCGGGCCGCGGCGGCGCCGGCCGCGGAGGACGAGGAGGCGGCGCUGCCUCCGGAGGGGGCCGUCACCGCGGGCCAGGCCGACAGGGGCAGCAAGAAGCGGGGCGGCGUCGCCAAGACCGGCAGCAAGAGCGAGAUGCGACUCCAUUGCGUACGAGAUGAACGUCGGUUGCGGGAGUUCGCCGAGAACCACAUUAUUCUGAUGUUCGCGAUCCCUGGUAGGAGAAAGGAAAAAGCCGGGCAGGACGGCGAGGAGGGGAAAGAGGGUGAGCCAAAAAGACCAGGCAAGAAGAGGAAGGAGGACAAAGACCCCGACAGAUGGAUCAAGAUGCAGCUGCAGGGCGAGGGCAAGCCCAAAGUCAUCGACGCCACCCGCGUAGUCUCGUAUUUUGACUUCGACUCGCGGGGCGCCCUGUUCGAUCGGGCCAGCCUGCCCGCCUUUUGCCACCCGGAUGCCGCGUGAACUUGGAUUGCAGCCCCGAAGUAUCUCAUUUCUCGUGUCGCGCCCCCUCUCCGCUGCUCCAACUCCACCCUUCCGCGCUGUCACUAUUCCUGACGCUUCGCGUAUCCCCGCUUGCGGUCUCGCGCCAAUUAUCUUUCGCUGUGCCCCAGCCUCGGUCAUACCGGCCUCUGGACUUCUCCUUGCGGGCCGCGAAUCAAAAAGUAUCCCCG